AUGGGUUUAGGAACCCAUCCCACAACUAAUGGAUCGGUGACAAUGUUUUCAGCAUAUGGAGAUUUUAACGUUGUUCCGAGGCGACUAGCAAAGGGGUGCCAUGGGACAGGAGUUCAACUUUCACACGUUCCCAACGAUGCCGUCCACAAUGUAAUUUUGGUUGACAUGUUCCAUUUUACUCUCAACAAUCCUUCGCCUUCAUCAAUCUUGUUAAUCUCGGGAGACGUAGAGUUUGCUCGUGCACUUCAUACGCUACGUAGACUUAAAUACACUAUUAUCCUUGUUAUUCCAUCUAAGGUGGGAGUCCCGUCAGCUCUAAGUAAUGCAGCCAAUUUUCUGUGGGACUGGUCUAGUCUGGCUCAUGGGCAAGGGUUUUUGCCGCGGGCGAAGACUGUAAUAACUCGGGCAGAUGUUGCUUGGUUUCCAGUGGAAUGCUCAGUAAAUGAAAGUAUAUACAGUUCGAAAAGUUAUUAUAACGCACGGAAUUGCUCAAUGAUAUCAGAGUCUAUAUCUGAAUGUUAUGAUAAUUCAAUAUCAGAGUUUAUGACUUCGAGAUCACAAACUUUUACAUGUACCCUGGAUAAAGUUUCAGCAGGCGAACUUGCUUCUAGUGACCAGAAUGAAUCAACCCAGGUGCCGCCGAUAGAUCUAAAUGUUUUGAGGAGACGACUCGUAAAGUUACUUGAAUUGUCAGGGGGAGGUUUGCCUCUAAUUCGGCUUCCUGUAGUAUACCACAAAAUGUACGGGAGGUCUCUUUGUGUUUCCGAAUAUGGUGCAUCAAAGCUUGUAAGAAUUUUAAAAAAGAUGGAUGAUUUGAUGACUGUCCGGGGAAAAGACAGAGACAGAGUUGUCUUCCUCCGUAAUUCAAAAUCCAGACGUGCAUAG